ACUUUUCUAGUGUAGUUUGUAGUCGCAGAUACCCUGAACGACUUCUUUGAGAGAAAGAUUGACAGAAUUUGUACGUGCUCAUGAGUGUUUAUAUAACAAACAGUCGGCUGAAUACAAGAGAACUAAAAUUUGGCAGAAUAUAGAGAAUAAUUUUACCAUUUGAAAAUUCUAUAAUAAGAACUAGUGAUUAACUUCCUGAUGUAAUCGACAAUCAGGUUUUCUUAUUGAAUGUUUUGUUAAAUCUCUGCUCGAUAAGUUCAAAUGUUGAUAAUGUAAAACCCGAUUUAUUCAUCUAUGUUUAAAAACCCUAGAUAUUUAUAUUCAAAUUUAGGGGUCUUACCAACCAACGCCGUGUCAAAUGUCUCUUUGUUUAUAUUUGUCUACACAUUUCAUACAGUGAAAUAAAUUUAUAAUACAUUAUGAAUAAUUAUAAAUCGUUGAUCACCGCUCAAUAAAGGUUAGGUUUAUAAGUUAAUCAGCAUCUUAAUCGCGUUCAUUCUCUGCACCGCUUAACUGUUUUCAAUUUUGAAACUUUCGGUAAUUAUCUCAAACGCUUAGUGGAACGCAUCCAUAUAGUUCAGUGUUUUAACACUGUUAACGCCACAAAACAUACCAAUAAACCAUAGAUCUUUGGGUAUGUUCUGUCGUUAACGCUAGUCAAAUUAAAAGGGGUUUAAGGAUUUUGCCAUAUUUGUUUUUAAAAAAUAUAUUUGCAGUUUUGCUUUUACAAGUAUAAAAAUAUUUUGACGAUGGCGGAAGCUGUUGAAAUUUCAGAAAACAAAUCGAGUCAUAAUAAAGAAAAAGGUGAAAAUAUGGAAUGUGCGGUUUGCCUACAAAAAUGUAUUCAUCCAGCCAAACUGCCUUGCGGACACAUUUUUUGUUUUUUAUGUGUGAAAGGAUUCGCAAAUCAGAACAAGAAAUGUGCGAUGUGCAGACAAGAAAUACCUAGAGAUUUUAUAGAACAACCAAACUUAUUAGAACCAGUAUUAUUAGAUAAAACUGUAACUUUUGAUGAUGGAUUUCAAUGGUUUUACGAAGGAAGAAACGGUUGGUGGCAAUACGAUGAACGUACAAGCAAAGAUCUGGAAAAUUCUUAUAAAAAUAAUGAGAAAACCUGUGAAUUAUUGAUCGCAGGUUUUUUGUAUAUAGUAGAUUUGGAAAAUAUGUUGCAGAUUAGACGUAACGAUCCAUCUAGGAGGCGUAGAAUCAAAAGAGAUUUUGCGUCUGUACCUAAAAAAGGAGUUGCUGGUCUACACGGUAACAAACAGACUAAUUAUGACGAAAAUCCUAAUGAAUUUGAUGAAGUUAAUACUAACGAGAUAGAUAUAAAUUUAAAUGAACAAGAAGUACAAAUUUCCGGAGAAGUUGAAUUAGAAGAAACUUUAGAUAUGCUAAAUGAUCUGCAUCUAAAUGAUAAUCAAUGAUAAAUUGAUUAUUAUUCAUAAAAUAAUAAAAUUGGCAAGAAAAAUCUAAAUAUAUCUAAUCUAAAUAGAAAUUAACCGAAAUUACGUGAAAAAAAUUCAGUGUUACAAUUGAUAAAAAGCGGCCAAGUCGGAUCUGUGUAUAAACAUUAGUUUUGUUCGUGAAUCUGAUUAUCUUUGUUCGCGUUCGAGCUUGAUUCGGAAUCAGUGUAGGAAACAAAUUAAUUCAGUUUUAAAUUUUCAAUGACAGUUCUGUAGUCGCGUUCUAAAUUAAUUCCAAUAAUCGAUAGCUUUGUUCGCUAGUUUGAUUCGGAAUUAGGAACCUAUCGCACGUAUAUUUUAAAAAUUGUAGCACGCGUGUCGUUCAGUUCUGCAUUUUUAUUGACAGUUCCGUGUUUAUUUUUGUGAUUUUUACCAUUACCUAACCUCUAAUCUAUAUGUUUUUCUAUGUGCUUCUAGUAAGCCACAUGUCAAAGUAGACGUUUUUAAAUUGUUCAGAACGUAUUUUGAACAAAGAAUGCGCCUUUGAAGCGUUCAGAACUUAUUGGGAAUGUGUUCAAAUUAAUUCAGCAUAUACUGAAUUAUAAGACGAAAAUAUUUAUUUUAUAAAUAGAAUUAAAGUUUCUGUAGAUUAAUAAAUUAUAUUUGGAAAAAAUAUAUUUUUGUAACUGUUUGUUUAAAAAUAUUUAUAAUUCACGUGAAUUAUUUUAAAUUACAAUAUAAAAUGUUUGCAAA